GAGGCUCAAAUGGAUCAUUAUUUGCAAGUGCAUUUCUUAAAGUAUAUACUAAUACUGAAUUGCAAGAAUCUCAAUCUCAAUCUAAUAUAGAAUUAAAUUAUAUUGAGAUUCUAAAUAAUGACAAAAAAGAAGGAUUAUCUAAUACUUGGGGAUUAUUAGAAGCAUUUGAAGAUUUAGAAUUUAAAAAAGAAUUUAUAAAAUAUGCAAACUCACCUGAUAUAAUGCUUUAUAAUUUUCCAUUAAUAUAUAACUUUGUAAAAUACCGAAUUUGGAGUAUUGUCAUUCAUCAACAACAGCUUGAAGGAAUGUUUAAUCGAUAUGAUCUGAAAGUAAAUCCAAGUAUGAGUAUGAAUUUACAAGAAUCAAGACUUGUUCUUGCAGCACCUACUCAAAAAAUACAACCACAACCAGUUACAACAUCUAAAAUUAAAGAAAUUCGUGAAAAAUUAAAAGAUAAAAAGAUAUCAAAUUAUGAAGAUAAAAAUACAAAACAAGAUGAAAAUACCGGAACAGAAGCAGCUAAAUCAUUAUUAAAUUCUUUAUUAAAUAAGACUAAUAAUUCUG